UUAUACUACAUUUUAGUCAUCCUUAUCCAUAGAUUUAAAAAAAAUAUAUAAUAAAAGAUAUUUUGUGUAUAUUAAUUUUUUAAAUAUACAGUAUAUUUCUAUUUUAUAUAGUAUAUUUUUCUUGACUUGCCCAUCUUUAGAUUUUUUUUCUCAGCCGUGAGGAGUCGGCGCGGAGACGUCGACGUGUUGCUUGGCGACGGACACUGGGCAAUUCCCCAAACAGGUGGGUGGGGUCGGGAGCUGGAAACUGAGGCUGCACCUGCCGACACACACACACACACACACACACACACACACACACACACACACACACACACACACACACACACACAGAAAAAUCAUUGCUAAUUCAGUGAGAAAAACAAGCUUAUCUUUAGUGCGAUGGCUCACACGGACAUUUAGCGGAUGUUCUUUUGUGACUCAGCAGCAUUUUGGAUCUUUGUAGCAAGAAAAAUGUUUGUUGUUGACAAGUGAGGCGACCUCAUGCUCAUAUGUCCUCUGGUGGACAUCUUUACUUUACUCUACAUCCUGACAGCAGGAAACUUCUAAGUCAUUCAAAAAAGUUGGGCACAAAAGUUUCAAUAAAGUUUAUUUUUUGAUUUUCUCUUAUUUUCACAGGAGUUAAAAAUGAAAUAAGACUGUGCUUACUGUAUGUACAGUACAUGAUCCACUGUACACUGGGCUUGUCAGGCACAAGACAUUGAUACAACAUGGAUUAUACGUACAUGUGUCACACAAUAUUGUCACACAUCCACUUCUUUGUCACCUUUUGUUUGGGCGGUUAAAACCAUUUUGGUGUUCUGUGUUUGGAGCAGUUAUUUGGUUUUUCCUUUUCUUUGUGUUACAGACUUCACCACUCCUUGAGCCGGGCAUAAUUGCUGCAGGUGUGCGUAAUUAACUGGCCUAUUUAUCCACACCUGCACGGGCAGAAAGGCACUGGCUGAUUAGUCUUCGUGACACAUGUCAGGACCUUGGAUUCAUGCUGUGGAUUCUUCUCCUCAAUUCCACUUCCUGUAUGACUUUUCGCCUUCCUUCCGACCCAGGGUAAAAGAAUGGGUGGACCAGAUGCAAAAGGACUUGAUCACGCUAACGGACAAGGCGAGCGGCGUCCAUAGUCUCAUUAAGAUCUAUCAGGACCACCAAACACACUUCAGCGUGGAGUCCAACGACGCCCGGCAGCUGGUGGCCACAGCUGCCGGGAACAUUGAGAAGUUGCUGCAAAACCGCGCCAAGGCCCUGAAGAGGCUGGCAACAGAUGCGGAACUCUUCCAAAUGGAGCACGAAUGGCAGGACAACAGUGAGGCUGAUAAAAUGGCAUACUACAAUGCCAAAGAUGAUCUCAACCAGACGGAGAAGAAGAACCGCUAUGUCCCUGAGGACUUCCACGUAGAUCCGGACUUCAAGCGCCUGGUGUCGUACAACACCACGGCCGUCCACAUCCCCACCGACAUAUACGAAGGCUCCACCAUCAUCCUCAACGAGCUCAACUGGACCGAGGCCCUAGAGGACGUCUUCCGUAAAAACAAGGAGGAAGACCCGUCUCUCCUGUGGCAGGUGUUUGGUUCCGCCACGGGGCUGGCCCGCUACUUCCCAGCAUCCCCCUGGAUCGACUCGAGCAAAUCAGCCAAUAAGAUUGACCUCUACGAUGUACGCAGACGGCCAUGGUACAUCCAGGGGGCGGCCUCACCCAAGGACAUGCUGAUCCUGGUGGACGCGAGCGGCAGCGUGUCGGGUCUGACCCUCAAGCUGAUCCGAACGUCCGUCAGCAAGAUGCUUGAGACGCUGUCCGACGAUGACUAUGUCAACGUCGUCUAUUUUAACAACGAAGCCACGCACGCCGCCUGCUUCGAGAACCUGGUGCAGGCCAACGUGCGCAACAAGAGGAUCCUGAAGGACGCUGUGCAGGGCAUCAGUGCCAAAGGAACCACCAACUACAAGGGGGGCUUCGAGCUGGCCUUCAAGCAGCUCGCCCAAGUGAACGUGUCCCGGGCCAACUGCAACAAGAUCAUCAUGCUCUUCACCGAUGGAGGCGAGGAGCGUGCUGAGGAGAUCUUUGAGAAAUACAACCCAAAACAAGCUGUGCGCAUUUUUACAUUCUCAGUUGGGCAGCACAACUAUGACAAGGGGCCCGUACAGUGGAUGGCGUGCACUAACAAAGGUUACUACUAUGAGAUCCCUUCCAUUGGUGCCAUCAGGUUGAACACUCAGGAGUACCUUGAUGUUUUGGGCAGACCGAUGGUCAAAGCGGACCGAAAGGCCAAGCAGGUCCAGUGGACCAACGUGUACCAGGAUGCUCUGGAGCUCGGACUGGUCAUCACAGGAACGCUUCCUGUCUUCAACAAGACCAACACCGGGUCAAAGAAAUCUCAGAACCAGCUCAUCUUGGGUGUCAUGGCCAUCGAUGUCUCGCUGGAAGACAUCAAGAGACUCACGCCACGCUUUACUUUCGGACCAAAUGGUUACUACUUCGCCAUCGACCCCAACGGAUACGUGCUGCUCCACCCUAACCUCAAACCACCGACGGCUGAGUUUCACGAGCCUGUCACGCUGGACUUCCUGGAUGCUGAGCUGGAGAACGAAGUCAAAGUGGAGAUAAGAAGGAAGAUGAUUGAUGGUCUUACAGGGAAUUAUGCAAUAUCUGCUCUGGUCAAAUCGCAAGAUGAGCGCUACAUAGAUCUGGGUCAGAGGACCUACACCUUUGCACCAGUGAAGGGUACGGAUUACAGUCUGGCGCUGGUGCUGCCUGAGUACAGCUCACAUUACAUCCGAGCCACCAUUGGCGACACCAUCACCCAAGCCAAAUUUUCUGAGAGUCUGCUGGCUGACAAGUUUGAUGAAUACGGCUUCACGCUCAUAGCACCGAGGGUGUACUGCAAGGACCUGAAGCUGCCCGACAAGGACAAAAGCAAUACGGAGUUCCUCAUGGAGUUCAACAAUUACAUCGACACCAAGACCCCCAACAACCCCAUGUGCAAUGUGGAGCUGGUGAACCGAUUGCUCCUGGAUGCUGGCAUCACUUCAGAUCUCAUCAAGAUUUGGAAAGAGAAUAAGCUGCCGCACGGUGUCACAGCCAGAUUUGUUGCCACCGAUGGAGGGAUCACCCGGGUAUACCCCAAAAGUGCGGGUCUGAACUGGAAAGAGGAGGCGGAAACGUACGAGUCCAGUUUCUACAAGCGCUGUUUGGACAACGACCUGUACAUCUUCACUCCGACGCUGUACCUUAAGGACAACACGAGUGACGACUCUGUCCUUGUGAGCAGAGCGGUCAAGUUCAAGAUUGACAAUAAGCUCCUAAAACCAGCGGUGGUGGGCGUCAAGUUAGACAUCAGCACCUGGAUGGCCAGCUUCAUCAACACCACGCAGAAGACCAAUUGCACAGAUGAGAUCUGUGGCUGCCAGCGGAACGAUGUGUAUGUAGACUGCGUCAUUCUGGAUGAUGGCGGCUUUCUGGUGAUGUCCAAUCGGGACGAAUACGUCGAUCAGAUCGGGCGCUUCUUCGGAAUGAUCGACCCCAUCCUGAUGAUCAACCUGGUCAACUCCUCUCUGUUCACCUCCAAGAAGUCCUUCGACUACCAGUCUCUGUGUGACCCUGAGAAGGAGACCAAGGCGGCGGCGGGCCUGCGAUCUGUCUAUGUGCCCUCCAUUGCUGAUAUUCUGAGUGUCGGGUGGUGGGCCUCUGCUGCAGCCUGGUCAAUCCUGCAACAGUUGCUGGUCAGCAUCACGUUCCCAAAUUUUCUGGAUGCAGCCGACACGGACGAGGACAUAGACAUCAUGCACAAGGAAGUGUGCAUCACCGAGCAAACGCAGUACUACUUUGAGACCGACAACCCUUCCUUCAAAGGCACUGUGGACUGUGAAAACUGCUCCAGACUUUACCACGCCGAGAAACUUCCCAACACAAACCUGGUCUUCGUCAUCGCCGACGCCAAACUCACCUGCUCGUCAUGUGACAGCAAGCCGCUGAUACAGGAUGAACAGCAGUCUGACGGACCGGAUGCAUGUAAGAUGGCCCAGAAUCCUCGCUACAGGAAAGGCCCCGCCGUCUGCUUCGAUAACAACGAGCACGAGGAAGACCCCGACUGUGGCGGGGCGACCGGCUUGAGCCCUUCGCUGUGGCUGAUGGUGAUUCUUCAGCUGGCUCUUCUCUGGGUCCCGACCGGCUCCAGACAUCACGGCGUACCGUCUUGACCUCCCGAUCGCACCGUCCGUCAACACCGUCUGCCGCCGCCAUCUUUCUACCAGCAUGCGACGCCGCCUCUCGACAGUUUUCUUUUUUUAGCCGGAAGAAGCCUUCAGUGGACACUUUGGAUUGUUGACCUCAGUGAUGGACGAGCUGGUGCUAACUUGAGGACUUAAGAGUUGUUCGAUUCCUCGCUGCCACAAGCAAACAUUUUUGUUUGGAAGACAUCAAUAGUGGCGAGCGUUGUUGGUUUAAAGCGAGGUAGACGACUACCACUGAGCGCCACCGUGUUCCACAAACCUCCUAACCCUCCAAAGUUCUUCCCUGAAUCCUCAGCCUCUGAAUUUUGAUGACUGCCACCGUGCGCAUGAACCAAUCAGAAAGAAGCUGACGGAAAUAUCUCUAGUGCCAUCUGCGACGCUUGUUAGCUUUUGAUUUAUUGGAUUAUUUAUUAGAAAAUUGAAGAAAGCAAACGCUUAAGAUUUGAUUUUGAAACAAUGAUCUGCACUUUGUGUGUUUUGCUACUGAAGUCCUUUCGUCUUUUUGCCUACUGGCAGAACGAACAACAAAACUCCUUAAAGGUCCCGUAUUACUUUUAAAAAUAUAUGUAUUUUACAUAAGCGGUGCCACAUUAACCAAAAUGAUCAAACUUACAGCUCCCCCAUAUUUAGCAGAGUAAAAAGAGUUCCAUUUUAAGAUAUGUAGCAAAGCCUACUGUGUACAAUACGGAAGGGAUUCAUGUGGCCCCAUUCCUGGGCGGAUCUCGUGUAAGAGGAAGGGGGCUGGGGAAGUAAUUGUGCAAUGCAGUCUGCUGAAAAUGAUGGAAAGCGCCACUCUACAUAGCAACUGACGCUAUAGUCAAAGUUGGAGUUGCAACAAAACACAUUUUAGGAUAUAUAACACUGGUGUGCCCAAUUUGUCACAUUUUAUGUGUCAGGUAAACCUUACUGAAUGAGGACAUGUGAAUCUUCUUUCUAGUGUAUUUCAUUUGAUGUUGGUAUUUAUGGUAAACCUCCCAUAUAUACAUUUUCAAAGGCCCCACAAAAAGUAUAUUGGAAUAGAGACAGUUAAAAAGUGCUUUUAGUAAGCCUGACUGGGAACACGUGUUGUGUGUCUGUAGCUUUAAUGCUACCGAGCUUUCUGCCACGGACUAUGGCUGCCUCACAAGACAAUUUUAUAGGUAUGAACCUAAAGCCAUAGAUAUUGUUACUUGGCGCUAUCUUUCUAGCAUGCUAACUAACGACUAUUUUGAUUGUCGACCAUUUAAUCUUUGACCGUUUUUGCGAUUAGUCGACUAGUCGGAUUAUUCAGUGGCUUCAAUUUAGCCGUCGGGUUUAAAUUCAGCUUGAGAUAUAUUUUUAGGCAUGUGCUAAUUAACAAUAACGACAAUACAAAUGACUUUGUUCAGAAAUAUUUAUUAUUAUUAUUAUGAUUUAGUGUUAUUGUAUGGAUGCCUUUUUCUGCGCUACAAAAAAAUACCCCAAUGGUAAGUCUAAAUAAUGAGGUAAAGAGUCAUGAUUAUAAUGUAAAAAGUCGAAAUUUUGAGCUAAAAAUGAAUAAUUAUGAGGUAAAAAAUUGAAAUUACGAGAUAAGAAAGUCAUAAAUAUGAAAUAAAAAAAUCGAAAUUAUAUGAUUAAAAAGUCAUAAUUACAAAAAAAACCUUUCAUUUAUGAGAUAAGAAAGUUGAAAGUGAGUCAUAAUUAUGACAAGUAAAAAUUAUGAUAUAAAAGUCCUAAUCAUCAGACAAAAAGUCAAAUUUAUUAGAUAAAAAGUCAAAUUUAUUAGAUAAAAAAAAAUCAUAAUUAUGAGAUUUAAAAAAAUCGAAAUUAUGAGAUUAAAACUUGAAAUUAUGAAAGUCAUAAUUAUGAGAUAAAAAGUCGAAAUUAUGAGAUUAAGUCAUAAUUAUGAGCUGGAAAAGUCA